AUGGCUCCAAAGACUGGGUUCAAAAUCCCUCAACCUUGGGACACAAGUAGACCUAUACUUGAUGAAAAGGAUCCCCUGUCGAUUGAGGCAUAUUUGCGUCACUGCGCGCAGAUCGUGGAGGAUGGUGGCAUCACAGAUGUCAAACAGGCAAAAAGCAUGUACAUCCGUUAUUUGCCGUCGCGGCAAGUGAUGGACGUAUGGGAAGGUCUCGAUACCUAUUCCGACGACACGAAAACUGUCGCGGAAUUCGAGGCCGAAAUAUUAAAAGGAUACCCUGAGGUGUCCAAGCGAAAAACGGGGACCAUGGCAGAUCUAGACAGACUCUGUCGCGAGAACCGAGGAAUCAAAAUCACGGAUGAGGGCGAUUUGAAGCGUUUCGGCCUUCAAAUGUAUAGUCACUACAAGCGACUGUCAGUCCCUCCUGCCAUUAUUACCAACAAAGUCGCGUGUGAACGUUAUAUGCGUACUUUGGACUCCGAGUUUAGUACAGUCUUGAGGAACGCUUUGGCUACGAGUCAAGUAUUCAACAAGCGCUACCAAACUCGCGCCGGGAUAGCAAACGCUAAUGUCCCCGCGACUGGAGUCAAUCGGCAGGACGACCCCAUCCAGCUGAAAGAAUUGAUGACAAUGGCGGAAGAAAUGGCGUCGACGUUGAGCAACGAAGACGAAAUUCCCAUAAUCGCGCGACCUCCCAAGGUUCGUUUCGACUAUGAGACUAGUCCACCCAACCAUGCUAAGGUUGAGGAGUUGGAAAACUCGAUUUCCAACUUGAAGGAUUCAUUUCUUCUACACCAAAAGGAGCUACAGACUCAGUUGCAGGAAGCGCUGAAGACUUUCCUGCCAAAUGGAGAAGGGACUCAGGGACAACGAGUAGAGGCUUAUUGGAAGAAGAAGGGCAAGUCCGUCAACUUCCAAGACUCUUACUACUUGGAUCAGUUCGAUAGCCGCGACAAUGAUGAUAUGUCCGACUACCCUGAAGAAGUGGCAGACGAGAUACGCUCCCUUCGAAGUCAACUCAUCCAAUAUGAGAGGAAGUCGUCGCGGCCAACCCCAGAGAGUCGCGCGGAGUCAAAGACUCAAAGAACUGCAUCUGGUUCGACCAGCAAUGCAAUGGAAAGUGCCAUGGGCCAAUUCAUGCAGAAAGCCAUGACCGACGCCAUGGCCGGCUACUUCAACAACAUGAACAGUGGUUAUCCUCAGACUCAGGAGCAGUUCAUUCAAACCCGUCGUGGUGCGAAUAGCCAACCUGAGCGCGACGAUAACAACUCGGCUAAGCCCUCUGAGGACCAUGAUAAACGAGCUGAGCGACGAGAGAAACCGAGGAAACCUGUGAUUAUUGAAGAAGUUAGUGAUAGCGACGAUGAUGAGGAAUCAGUGCGCAACAACACCGAAAAGAGAAAGGAACUACCGUUUGAGAAAGUCAAGCCCGUUCUACAAGAACCAGUACAUUCUUCAAAAGCGCGCGUUCCAGAUAAAUACCAGUUGCGUGCACCGAUUCAAACGAAGGCUGUAGCAGAAGCAGUCUACGACAAAAUGAAAAACGCGUCAGUCGACGUCACUGUGGGUGAACUCCUAGCAGUUUCGGGGACUGUCCGCGACUCCAUUCUGAAGGACUCUUCGAAGAAACGAGUACCGGUUCAGAAGUCCAUGCUUCAAGAAACUGGUCGCGUCGUUGAAGACGUUUGGGAUGGAGAACUGAGCUACAACCUAGUCAGUGCUAAGGAAUUGCCCGAGCCUGUGUUCUAUCAUAACACAGUUGAAGGAGAAAUUCCCAUUGGCGCAGUUGUCGCGACGGACCCAUAUGAGAUGUACUUGGAGUCGAUACCCUCUAAUGAGAACCCAAGGCAUGUCUAUGUUGUGGAUCUCAGAUUGUAUCGAUGGCUUUCUCAGAAGCCGUCGACGCACAAUUAA